AUGCAUCCCGCCACGGUCUCACCACCGCCACCAAACCCACCACCACCACCGACCACAACCCAAACCCUUGACGAAAUUACCACACUUCUCUGCCAUCUACUCCCCUACUCACUCUCCGUCAAAUCAUUCUCUACCCGCUGGCAAAUCAUCCGGUCAAAGCUCGCCACUCUCAAAUCCUCCAUCUCCGAAAUCUCCGACUCUCCCCACUGGUCCGAAAACCCUCUUCUCCAAACCCUCCUCCCCAACCUCCUCUCCACGCUCCACCGCGUCCAGACCCUCUGUGACCAAUGUUCCGACCCCUCCUUCAACCCCGGCAAGCUCCUCAUGCAGUCUGACCUCGACAUGGCCACCGGCUGGCUCUCUAAGCAAAUUCAGGACCUCGAUUUGCUCCUCCGGUCCGGCGUCCUCCGUCAAUCCAAUGCCAUCGUGCUCUCUCAACCCGGUCCAGGCUCGGCUAAAGAAGAUCUGGGGUUCUAUAUUAAGGACCUCUUCACAAGAUUACAGAUCGGAGGCAUUGAGUUCAAGAAAAAGGCCAUGGAGUCUCUGCUUCAACUUCUCUCUGAUGAUGAAAAAUCGGCCAGUUUAGUGGCUAGGGAAGGCAAUGUUGGUUAUUUGGUUCAUCUUCUUGAUCUGAAUACCCAUCCUUCACUAGUAGAACAUGCCGUUUCAGCCGUAUCGAUUUUAGUUUCCGCUAACGAUCUGUCCAGAAAAUGCGUGUUUGAAGAGGGAGGAUUGGGACCGUUAUUGAGAAUCAUCGAGUCAGGUUCAAUGGGAUUGAAGGAAAAAGCAGCCAUGGCCGUCGAAGCCAUCACCGCCGAUUCUGAUAAUGCUUGGGCUAUCUCAGCCUACGGCGGAGUUUCUAUACUCAUCGAAGUGUGUAAGUCCGGAUCAAUUGCAGCACAAUCACAUGCGGUUGGGGCAAUCAGAAAUGUAUCAACCGUUGAAGAUAUUAGGGUUUCUUUGGCGGAAGAAGGGGCUAUUCCUGUUUUAGUCCAAUUGCUUAAUUCAGGCACCGCCUUGACUCAAGAAAAAUCGGCAAAUUGUAUUGCAAUUCUUGCUUCCUCCGGUGAGAAUUUUCGAGAAUUAAUAUUGCUACAAGAUAAGGGAUUGCAAAGACUAUUGCAAUUGCUUCAUGAGUCGUCGAAUUCAGAUACGGUAGAACACGUUCUGCGAGCUAUCUAUUCACUUUCAGCUUCCGAAUCAGCUUCUCGGGUUUUAUCAUCUUCAACUUCGUUUAUAAUACAAUUAGCAGAGAUUAUAAAGCAAGGAAACAUAGUUUUACAGCAUAUUUCUGCUUCGUUGCUCGCUAAUUUAUCGAUGAGUGAUGGCAACAAAGGGGCUAUUUCUGGAUGUAUGGGUUCAUUACUGAAGCUAAUGGAAUCAGUCAAGCCUGAUGGCAUUCAGGAGGUGGUUGCGAAUGCAUUGGUUUCGCUGUUGGCGGUGAGAUCCAAUCGGAAAGAUUUGGUGAGAGAUGAGAAGAGUCUGAUGAGAUUGGUUCAGAUGCUUGAUCCUAGGAAUGAAUUGGUUUCCAAAAAGUUUCCGUUGGCGGUGGUAUCGGCGGUAAUGGGUGGUGGGAGUCAGGGGUGCCGGAAGAAGUUAGUGGCCGCCGGGGCUUAUGGGUAUUUGCAGAGGUUGACGGAAAGGGAGGUCGCCGGAGCUAAGAAGGCUUUACAGAGACUUUCCGGGAAUAGGCUGAAAAGUAUUUUCAGCAGGACUUGGAGGGAAUAA